AGGGUUGGCAUUCCCCGCCUGUUGCUUUCAGUUCAAUUUUUCUCUACGCAGUAUUAAAGGUUUGUGUUUGUGUGAAGAUGUCGAACCCUGAGACAAACCAGCCUCUUCUGCCAGCCCCAACCCAGCAGGCCGGGAUCAAUGGAGAGGGUAUCCGCCCCUCCCGCGCCUACAAGGUGGCAGGGUUGACUCUGUUGGCCUGUGUCCUGAUUGUGGGCCAGGUGAUGACUGCCUACUUCCUCCUCAGUCAGCAGAGCGACCUCAAGUCUCUGAAGGAGCAGAAUGAAAACCUGAACUCAAAACUGACUGUUGGAAGAUCUGCUGCUGCGCCUGCGCGGAUGCACAUCCCCAUGAACUCCUAUCCCAAACUGAUGGAUCUGACCUUUGACGAGGACACCGACAAAGUCCCACAAAAAACAGUCCGUCGUCCGGUCACUAAAUGCCAGCAGGAGGCGGCAGGUGUGAAGCCUGUUGUGGUUCCAGGUUUCCGUCCCGAUUGUGACGAGCGCGGCCUUUACCGGGCUCAGCAGUGCUUUCUGGAGAGCUGCUGGUGUGUGGACACAGCCACUGGCCAGGAGAUCCCUGGGUCCCUGACCAAAGGAAUGGCGAGCUGUGGUGCACCUGUCUCCACUGGCAGCAAGGCCAGAAUGAUGCAGAUGCCUGAUGUCAGUGCCUGAUCCUGAGGUGAUGAAAUCUCCUCCAGAGAUGAGCAACAGUUCAACUCCAAUUCAUGACAUCUUUUUCCACUUUUGAAUCACCAUAGUUAUAGUACCUGAUAAGCUAAUUGGGUUUUAUGUACUGCUUAAAAAGUUUGCUUGCUAUCAUCUAACCAGUUUAUUGCAACUGAGCUACAGCCAAUAUUACAUGAGAAGUGACUUUUGCUUUGAUUGCAUGCCAUGUUUUUAAAAGGAUCUGUGAAAGUUAAGGAGUAUUAAAUGAGCUUGUUAUAUUUUGGAAGAUAUAAAUGUUGUUUUAUUCAGAUUUUGUCCCAUUUGGGUUUAAAAGUUCGUAAAGACCAGUACAUUUUUAAUACAUGUCAUUUUUUAUUUUCAGAUUAAAGGUCUGCUCACUUGGAUCUUGAACAUUUGGCCAAAGUAAUUCAAAUGUUAUUACAAAUAUUGACACUUUUUUAGAAACCAGGACUACUCCACUUACGAGACAAUUGGAAACUGUAUUUUCCCCAUUUAUUUGAGCAAUCCAAAUAAAAGUCGUAAAGACA